UUUGGUCGGUUAUUUCUUCCUUGCGUUUUAUAAGUAAAACAUGAAUGGGAUCUAAUUCAGUGAUUUAACUAUAUGUAUCAUGUGGUAUGCAACAUUUUAGCUUUAGUUAUUCUUUUUCAACAGGUACAGCUAGUAGUAAAACGGUAUUCACCAACUUUUUAAAACGUUUUGUGUUGAGUUGUCGUGUGUUCAUACAUGUCAAAUCAUGGAUGAGACGACAUCGAUAUUGUCACAAAGUUCAGCUCACUACGUCAAUCAAACUUCUACCGUGUCAGAGGAGGAAAAAUGGCGGUACCUGACAGACCUACAGUCCAGGUUUCACGUGUACAACAUACCUGCCCUCACCCUGCUCGUCUUCUGCUCCGUAGCCGGGCUGUUGGGGAAUUCCCUCAUCCUGGUGGUGUACUCACGUAAGAGAAACAAAACGCCCACAGUGGUUCUCAUUCUGUUUAUCGCAGUCAUCGAUCUCAUCAACAACGUCAUCAUCGAUCCAGCCACAACAUACGCAAUUUUACACAACAGGACAUACACCAACAUGAAAUUGUGUAAAGCGUAUUACUUUUUCAACAGCUUUACAACAUGGACGUCGGCCAUUUUGUUGGUCGUUGUGGCUAUCAUUCGGUACAGAAAGAUCUGCAGACCUUUCGGCAGACAGAUGAACGUCAGAGAGUCCAAAAUUACCUGUGUAUUAAUUCUAGUCUUCUCUUUACUUUUGAGCAUCCCAUUUGCGGUUUUCUACGGUCAGAUAACCGAAUCCACGGAACGUCCAGAAAUAACCGGCUACAAUUGUGGAGUGGCGGACGAGUUUAAAAAUGACUUCGGCCAAAAGCUGACCCAUGGGCUGUACAUUCUGGUCAUUCUAACGUGCUGUGCAACUCUGGCCACGUUGUACAUUCUGAUUGGUUUAGAGGCGAGGAAGAGAAGGGGUCCAGUGAGGGUUGUGUCUUUUAAUGCUAGUUCUGGCAGACGGCAUGUGGUGGGUGAACUCCAGCGAGACAGUGUGAGUUCUGUAGGGUCACAUUCUAGCGGAGACACAGUCGCCACACACGUUGAUGUGGGUGGCCACACAAAUAAUCACACACAUGCCCACACAAAUAACCACACAGGUCCCCACACAGAUAAUAACACAGGCGCCAACACAAAUGUCCACACAGACCAAGCCAACGUAUCUGAGAAAAAAGAUGUCGGGCCUACAACAGCUCCUACGUCAGGCUUUACAUUUGGUCUGGCCAACACCGAGGUUAUCCUAACGAACAAUCCCACCAGCAACACAUCAACUAUGACGGUGAUCCCCACCCACACCCCACCAACACACACCCCUCCUACCGGCAUCUCCACACGGCGCCGUUCGUCCCACACCAACAGGACCCCGCCCCUGAGCAAGACGACCCGGAUGUUGCUAGCCACCAGCGUCAUCUACAUCGUGAGUUACCUGACGACCAUCACCAUCCUACUGGUACGUUCCGUGUCGAGGGUGCUGUACGACAUGCCCAUGUACGGCUACUCUGCCAUGAACGUGUUCUUCGUCCUGUACCUUAUCAACAGCGCGGCCAACCCGUUUAUCUACAGCAUCUGUAACAAAGUCUUCAGGAGAGACUGUGGCGAAGUCCUUAGAUGUCGACGGGCAAGAAAAUAAAUAAAUCGGGAGUGAUCUCCC